GGAGCCCGCCGGUGUUUGCCACCAGCGGUGGAGGCGGCGCCGGUUUCCGGGUUCGUAGUAAAGCAACAGCAGAGCCCGGCUGGAGGAAAGCAAGCGGACAAUGGGGCACUUCAUGAACCAGCUUCGACCAGGGAUGGUGGCCACAAAGAUCCACUGAUUGAGAAUCAAUCUGAUCCAGGGAUUUUUCCCUCCGAUUUCAUCAGGAAAGAUGGACUGAAGCAGGCCAAAGCAAGAAAGUGAAGUUAUCCAAAUACUACUGCAGUAUUUUAGCAAUGGAGAAAAAUGACAGUAUUGUCCCCAGUAUAACUCAACUGGAACAUUUUUUAACAGAGCAUAACUCGAAUGUUGUUUGGCUCCUUGUUGCUACAAUUUUGUCGUGUGGAUGGAUUAUUUACCUAACUUAUUAUAAUUCCCGGAACAUUGGACUGAUUUUAACAUUAGUUCUCAACAGAUUACAUAAAAAUGGCUACAUCCAUAUUGGUUCCUUUUCGUUCUCUGUCCUGUCUGGAAAAAUCAUGGUUCGUGAAAUUUAUUACAUUACAGAAGACAUGUCAAUCAGAAUACAAGAUGGGUUCAUUAUAUUUCGUUGGUGGAAGAUGUACAAUCCAAAGCAAAAACAGCAUGAUCCAAAGGCUGAAACAAGAUUGUAUAUCAUGGUAAAUGAUUUUGAGUUCCAUGUCUACAACCGAUCAGACCUUUAUGGUCAGCUUCAGGAAUUAUUUGGUUUAGACCCAACCAUAAUUCCUCCAAAGAAAGAGGAUGAGAAAACAUGGGAAAAUGGAAGAGAGCAAGCACACACAAAUCUUGAAAGUGUUAAAGUAAAAAGUGAGUCUCAAGACCCUUCAUCAUCAUGGAGAUCUCUUAUUCCUGUAAUCAAGGUCAAUGUUAGCACUGGUCGUUUGGCCUUUGGGAACCAUUAUCAGCCUCAGACCCUCUGCAUUAAUUUUGACGAUGCUUUCUUGACUUACACUACUAAGCCACCAUCAAGUCACCUUGAUCAGUUUAUGCACAUUGUGAAAGGGAAGUUGGAAAAUGUGAGGGUCAUGCUUGUCCCAAGUCCAAGAUAUGUUGGACUCCAAAAUGAUGAACCACCAAGAUUGAUGGGAGAAGGCUUUGUUGUGAUGCAGUCGAAUGAUGUUGAUAUCUAUUAUUACAUGGAUGAACCAGGUCUUGUCCCUGAAGAAACAGAAGAAAGUAAUGAGGAAGAAGCAAGCAAUGAAGAUAGUAAAUUGCAAGAUCUCCCCCCAUGUUGGGGACUAGAUAUAGUUUGUGGCAAAGGAACAGAUUUCAAUUAUGGUCCAUGGGCUGAUAGACAAAGGGACUGUUUGUGGAAAUUCUUUUUCCCACCAGAUUAUCAAGUCAUGAAAGUUUCAGAAGUUCCACAGGCUGGGAAGCCAAGGCAAAUCCUUGCUUUUGAGCUCCGUAUGAAUAUAAUUGCAGAUGCAACUAUUGAUUUGCUCUUCACAAAAAAUAGGGAAACUAAUGCUGUACAUGUAAAUGUUGGAGCAGGCUCUUACUUGGAAGUUAAUAUUCCCAUGACUGUAGCUGAAAAUGGUUACUCUCCCACUAUUAAAGGACAGCUUUUACACAUAGAUGCUACCAGCAGCAUGCAGUAUCGAACUCUCUUAGAGGCAGAAAUGUUAGCUUUUCACAUUAAUGCCUGCUAUCCCCGAAUAUGGAACAUGCCACAGACAUGGCAGUGUGAAGUUGAAGUUUAUAAGGCAACAUACCAUUUCAUCUUUGCUCAAAAAAGCUUUUUCACAGAUUUGAUUCAGGAUUGGUCGAGUGACAGCGCUCCUGAUAUUUUCUCAUUUGUUCCCUAUUCGUGGAAUUUUAAAAUAAUGUUCCAUCAGUUUGAAAUGCUUUGGGCAGCCAAUCAGCACAAUUGGAUUGAUUGUUCCACAAAACAACAAGAAAAUGUUUAUGUGGCAGCCUGUGGGGAAACAUUAAACAUCAUUUUCUCUUUGCCUUUUACUGACUUUGUUCCAAGCACAUGCAGUACAAGAUUCUCUUUAAGGGGAGAAGGUCUUGAUCUUCACUUGCUUCUACCUGACUGCCAUCCUAGUAAAUAUUCUCUCUUUAUGCUGGUGAAAGAUUGUCAUUCUAACAAACUGAAUCCAGAGUCUUGUGUUUCUGCUGAUAGUCAGAGUGGUCAAAAACAAAGCAAAUUAAGGUGGAGGAACGUAACUCAAGAAGAGGCUGGCUGGGUUGAAUGCUGGACUGUGCCAAGUGUAAUGCUCACAAUUGAUUAUGUGUGGCAUCCAAUUUAUCCUCAGAAAGCUGAUGAACAGUUAAAGCAGUCAUUGUCAGAAAUGGAAGAGUCAGUCUUGUCUGCAUUGAGGCCAUCACAAAAGAUGACAGAUAAGGGCAUAUCUCCUUCAGGUUCUUCCCGUCAACCUGUUGAUCCCUCAGAACUGCCACCUGACAAGCUCCGGGUAGAACUGGAGCUCUCCCCAGACUCCCAGAUGACUCUGUAUGGACCUCUUUUGAAAGCCUUCCUUUCUAUAAAGGAAAAUUAUUUUGGUGAAGAUGAUAUGUACACCGAUUUUGAGGAGGUUAUUUCAAGCCCAGUAUUGUCCAUGUCAACCUCUUCAAGUUCUGGAUGGACUGCAGUAGGAGUGGAUGCUGACAAAAGGGAGAAUGACACAUCAGGCAGACAGGCUCACCCUCUUACUCUGCGUCCAUGGGACAUUACUGUGCUUGUUAAUGUGUACAAAGUACACGGGCGGCUGCCGGUGCACUGUGGCAGCGAUGGCCCUGAAUGUCCUACAGGCUUUCUGGAAAGGCUAUGUUUUGAGAUGAAGAAAGGAUACAAAGAAACUAUGUUACAGCUUGUAUUGUCACCAAUGAAUUUAUUCUUGAAUGACAAUUAUCAGAGGCCAACUGCAGAUGAAGUGCUUCGAGAGGGUCAUUUGAGCCUUUCUGGUCUGCAGCUCCGGGCUCAUGCCAUGUUCUCAGCAGAAGGGUUGCCUCUGGGAACUGACUCCUUAGAAUAUGCUUGGCUGAUUGAUGUUCAAGCUGGAAGCCUUUCAGCUAAGGUUACAGUUCCACAGCUUGCAUGCCUGCUUGAGUGGGGACAAACGUUUGUGUUUCAUGUGGUAUGCCGUGAAUUUGAACUGGAAAGACCAAAGUCUGUAAUCAUAUGUCAGCAUGGAAUUGAUCGCCGCUUCUGUGAAGCUAAGAUAAGUUGCAUUUCUGGCCCUUGUCCAACAUCUGAUGAAUUGAAGUACACAAUGACUCGCCUGGCAGUAGAUGGGGCAGAUAUAUUCAUUGUAGAACAUGGUUGCGCCACAAAUGUAAAGAUGGGUGCUGUGCGCAUUGCCAACUGUAACCUCCACAAUCAGUCUGUUGGCGAGGGGAUAAGUGCUGCCAUCCAAGACCUUCAACUUAGGCAAUACAUUGAGCAAGCAAACAAUUGCCGGAUUGGUCUUCAACCAACAGUGUUGCGGAGGGCAUAUUGGCUGGAAGCAGGGUCAGUCAAUUUGGGCCUUAUCACCGCUGAUAUUGCCUUGGCAGCUGAUCAUCAUUCUAAGCAUGAAGCACAGAGGCAUUUUUUGGAAACUCAUGACAGCAGGACCAAAAGAUUAUGGUUUUUAUGGCCAGAUGAUAAUAUAAAGAACAAGAGAAGCAAGAACAAGUGUGGCUGUCUUGGCGGCUGUAGGUUUUUUGGUGGCACAGUUUCAGGAUUAGACUUCUUCAAACUUGAAGAGUUGACGCCAUCAAGUAGUUCUGCUUUUUCAAGUACAAGCGCAGAAUCGGAUAUGUUUUAUGGACAAUCUUUGCUACAGCCGGGAGAAUGGAUUAUCACCAAAGAGCUUCCCAAAAUUGUAGAUGGUAAAGCAAAUAGUGUUAAAAGGAAGGAAUGGGAGUGCCGAUCUGUAGGAAUGGAAUCGGAAAGAAAAUCUCAGCACCUGAACUUGCAAGUGCCGCUGCGUUCUCAUAGCUCCUCCUCGUCUUCAGAAGAGAACAGUAGUUCUAGUGCUGCACUCCCCUUGCUUGGAGGUGAUAGGGAAAGCCCUUCUUCUGCGGCUGAAGACCACGUAGGGCAAAAAGAAUUCUUGGUAACUUCCAAAAGAGAAGAUAUCCAUGGAAGUAUUGCUGGAGCGGACGGUUUGGAAAAUAGCCCUGUAUCUCCUAACCCUCAAGAGAGGCCUGUUGGACAGUCUCCCCUUAGAUCGCCUUUGAAACGGCAAGCGUCAGUAUGCUCUACACGACUCGGGAGUACUAAAAGUCUUACAGCAGCUUUCUAUGGAGACAAGCCUGUUCCAGCUGGUGUGCAGUUCAGCAGUGAUGUCUCCCGCAGCGAUGAAAAUGUCUUAGAUUCCCCAAAGCAGAGGAGAAGCUUUGGUUCUUUCCCAUACACACCUUCUGCAGACUCAAAUUCAUUUCAUCAGUAUCGUUCCAUGGACUCUAGCAUGUCAGUGGCUGAUAGUGAAGCCUACUUUUCUGCAGCUGAAGACUUUGAACCUAUAAGCAGCGAUGAAGGCCCGGGAACCUAUCCUGGGAGAAAAAAGAAGAGGAAGCAAGCCAAAAUAGACUAUGGACGGGGCUCAAUUUAUCACAGUGUAGAAGGACCCUUAACUACUACUUUGCAUGGAGAAGUUAGUCAGGAUCCAAAAACAUUACCAAUAAAAACACAUCCCUCUCAGGCUUCAUUUGUUUCUGCUUUGGGAGGAGAAGAUGAACUUGUAGAGCAUUUAUAUGUUGUAGAAACUGAGAAGGCUUCUGAGAAUGAACAAAUCACUUCCCAGCAACCUGUAAUGAACUGCUAUCAAAGCUACCUUACUCAGUAUCAGGUGGUUAACUGGUCAGUAAAACAUCCAACAAAUAAAAGAACAUCUAAAUCGUCCUUACAUCGGCCAUUAGACCUUGACACGCCAACUAGUGAGGAAAGCUCCUCAUCAUUUGAACAGCUUUCAGUCCCAACCUUUAAGAUUGUGAAACAAGGCCUCACAGCUAAUGCUCUACUGGAUCGAGGUAUGCAGCUUACAGGAUCAACAUCUAAUACCCCAUAUACUCCUUUGGACAAAAAAAUCCUCGAUAAUACAGAUGAUGAAACAAUAACAGAAGAAUGGACUCUUGAUCACCCAGUGUCUCAGACCAGAACAACAGCUAUUGUGGAAAUAAAAGGACCAGUGGAUGUAGUUCUCACUCCUCUUGUAGCAGAAGCUUUAGACAGGUAUAUAGAGGCAAUGGUUCACUGUGCCAGCACAUGCCACCCAGCAGCUAUUGUGGAUGAUCUGCAUUGUAAAGUCCUCAGAGAAGCUGUACAGAACAGGAAAACAACUUAUUCUGAAAACCUGUCUUCAAAGCAAGAUGUUAGAGGAACGAAAAUAGAAACCCCUGCUACAGGAACAACUCAAAUAAAAACACAAACAAAUCUUUCUGCUAAGCAGGAAAAUGUGACUAUUAAAGGACUUCAAGCCAAUGUUACACUACCCAAGGUAAAUCUAUGUUUACUGCAAGCAUCAGUGGAAGAGUCAUCAGGCACAGCCACAGGCAAAAGUGUAACCCACGUUUCUUUAGUGGCGUUGUGUUUUGAUAGAAUUGCUACACAGCUUCGUAUGAACAGGGGUAUAGUUGAAGAGAAUCCAAAUAGUGCAGAAACUAGAACGAGUUCUGUAACUUUUGAGAAGUACAUCCAUAGCAGUAAAAUGCAGCCCCAGUCCUCUGGAUCCCUGAGAUCAAAUGUGGGAGCAGAGAAAGGGAAAGAAAUUGCAGCUAAGCUCAAUAUUCACCGCAUUCAUGGGCAGCUCAGAGGCCUUGAUACAACAGAUAUUGGGACAUGUGCGAUAACAGCCAUUCCUUUCGAAAAAUCAAAAGUUCUUUUCACCUUGGAGGAGCUGGAUGACUUUUCUUUUGUAGAUGAAACUGAUCACCAGGCAGGGCCAGAUGUCACACGAAUAGGUCCUAGCCAAGAGAAGUGGGGCUGGAUCAUGUUUGAAUGUGGAAUUGAAAAUCUGACAAUUAAAGGUGGUAGACAGUCUGGUGCUGUUUUAUAUAACACAUUUGGGAUCCUGGGAAAAUCGGCAGCCACAGAGAGGGGUGGAUUACUCGCUUCAAACAAUUCUUCGGACUCUCCAACUGGCAGCGGUUACAAUACUGAUGUGUCUGAAGAGAACCUCCCAUGUGAUCAAAUAAGUGCUACUUCAGACACUCAUCCAAAUUCAGUUUCAGAUGAGCAGGACGAAGGGGUUGAAUCUGAUGAUCUGAAAAAAGAUAAUCCUUUAAGGCCUCCCCCAGCCGAUUCUUGUAGCAUGAAACUAACCAUCAAAGAGAUUUGGUUCAGUUUUGCUGCUCCCACAAAUGUGCGUUCACCUGCCCAUAAAUUUUCAAGGCAGCUGAACCUUCUAAGCACUGCAACACCUGCUGUUGGUGCUUGGCUUCUCCCUAUUGAUCAAGUGAAGUCCUCUUUAAACAAAUUAGACACAGAAGGAACUCUACGAGUUUGUGCUGUCAUGGGCUGUAUAAUGACAGAAGCAUUAGAGAACAAAAGUGUGCAUUUUCCACUGAGGAGCAAGUACAACAGGCUCACUAAACUUGCUCGUUAUCUUCAAGAAAACCCUUCCUGUUUGCUCUGUAAUAUAUUGCACCACUAUCUCCAUCAAGCAAAUUAUUCCAUUAUUGAAGAUGCAACUAUGAGUGAUGGCCUUCCUGCUCUGGUGACAUUAAAGAAAGGACUCAUAGCACUCGCUAGGCAGUGGAUGAAAUUCAUUGUGGUAACGCCAGCCUUCAAAGGAGUGAGCUUACAUAGGCCCACUCAGCCAAUGAAACCCCCCUCAACUGUAGCCCAUGAGCAAGAGGAUGGUUUUGGCUUAGACAAUGGAGGUGGUCUUCAAAGUGACACAAGUGCUGAUGGUGCAGAGUUUGAGUUUGAUGCAGCCACUGUCAGUGAACAUACAAUGCUUCUGGAAGGAUCUGGUACUCGGGCCCCACCUGCUGGGGUUUCUUCUGGACCUGUGACCGGGGCUGAGAUUAUGAGAAAACUAUCCAAGACUCAUACUCAUAGUGAUUCUGGUCUUAAAAUAAAGGGUAUCCAUCCGUAUCAUUCUCUGAGCUACACCAGUGGAGAUACAGUUACUGACUCACCGGUGCAUGCUGGUCGCUCUGGACUUCCCAUCAAAGAAAGUCCAAGAAAGGAGAGUCUACUCAGCUACUUGACAGGAAGCUUUCCUAGCCUCCACAAUCUCUUGGAAGGAACACCUCAGAGAAGCUCUACGGCCCCUAAAAGUAGUUCCUUAACAAGAGCAGUGAACACUAUGCCCUCGGAAAUAUUAUCUGAACAUCCAUUGUUAUCGGAGCCAUCGUCCGUAAGCUUUUAUAACUGGAUGUCAAAUGCUGUAGGCAACAGAGGAAGUGUAGUUCAAGAGUCUCCGGUCACCAAAUCUGGACACAAUAGUCUCCCAACAGGUGUGGCCCCAAAUCUGCCAACUAUACCUUCAGCAUCUGACUUCAAUACAGUACUGUCCAGUGAUCAGAAUACAUUGGAUGGGACUCAUUCACAACACAGUACUAGUCAAGAUGACAUCGCUUGUAUUGAGGAGGGCAACCAGGGAUUCCCUGCAGUUCAGCUUGCAGAUGCCCAGGUUGUUUUCAAGCCUCUUCUGAGCCACACAGGCAUUCAAUCUCAGGAUGCAGUACCAUUGUGUUACAGGAUGUACUUUGGAGAACAUCUUUCAUUCUCAGGGACACUGGAUUGCCUCAGGGCAGACAUUGUUGAUUCAGAUACAGCAAAGGAAAGAAGAAGCAAAAGAGCAAGAAGGCAAGGAGCUGUCAAUCUUCCUCCACUUGAAUUCAAACCAGCAUUAAUGUUGGAAACCUUCAGCAUCAGUGCUGUGAUAAUGGAGAAGUCCGUGUGCACCCCUCAAAACUCUACCAGUGCACUUGCAUUUCAUGACUUUAAUAAGCGUCAUUACAGCACCUUUCACUGUAAUUUUACAAUCUCAUGUCAGUCUAUAAGCCAGCAUGUAGAUAUGGCAUUGGUUCGCCUUAUUCACCAGUUUAGUACCAUGAUAGAUGAUAUCAAAGCUACGCAAACAGACAUCAAACUCAGUAGAUACACAGCGGGAUCGGCCUCUCCCACACCCACAUUUAAAACCCGCAAACACAGAGACUUCCGCUCUUCUGACUUCAGUCGCAGCUCUCGGGGGAGCCUCAACGGUGUAAACAGAAUCAACAAUGCAAAGAACAAACGAUCAAAUAAUGAGAACAAUAAAAAAGAGUCUCGGAACAAAAAUUCACUUGGAAGAUCAGAAAGAAGAACUUCUAAAGUAUCAAGGAAAGGUUCAAAGGAUGUCGAUCAUGUGGCAAUCCAUAUGGAUGAUUCCGACUCAAUUACAGUGUCAGAGCAGAGUGAACCUUCUGCAGAGUGUUGGCAAAACAUGUAUAAAUUGUUGAACUUUUAUUCUCUCAUAUCAGAUCCAACAGGGAUUUUAGAAAAAUCCUCUGAAAAUUUUUACCCAACCGGUGUUCGGAGCCCUACUGAACCUGCCUGUAGGGUUGCCUUUGAGAAUGAGCAGGACAGCAGCAGCUUGAGCAGAACACAGAGGAAACGCAGUCUGGUCAUAUCUGAACCUCAGCAUGUGACCCUAAUCAUUUUUGGAAUAGGCAUGGUGAAUCGCACACAUCUUGAAGCAGAUAUUGGGGGACUCACAAUGGAAUCGGAACUGAAAAGGAUCCAUGGUAGUUUUACACUCAAAGAAAAAAUGAAAGAUAUACUGCAUCAAAAAAUGACUGAGACGUGUGCCACUGCUCAUAUAGGUGGCGUCAAUAUUGUUCUUCUGGAAGGGAUUACGCCAAACAUCCAACUGGAGGAUUUCCCUACAUCACCAACAAGCACAGCCAAACAAGAAUUUCUAACGGUGGUGAAAUGUAGCAUUGCCAAAUCGCAAGCUCUUUAUAGUGCCCAAAGGGGGCUGAAAACAAACAAUGCUGCUGUCUUCAAAGUAGGUGCUAUUAGCAUCAACAUUCCUCAGCAUCCAGCUACACUCCACAGCAUGAUGGUGCGCAGUUCUCACCAGCUUUCAAAACAGAUAUCUGAUCUUAUCAGACAGCCAAGUACAGCUCCACAGCCUGCAAAAGAAGAUAUUGCAACGCCAUUGCCUGCAGAAAAAACCCCUACGAGUGUAAACCAGACACCUAUUGAAACAAACGAAUUCCCUCAGCUCCCUGAAGGUUUGGAGAAGAAGCCAAUUGUCCUUAAAUUCAGUGCUAUGAUUGAUGGAAUUGCAAUUGGAGCAGCACUCUUGCCAUCCUUAAAAGCUGAGUACAAGAUGGGAAGAAUGAGAAGUCAUGGGAUGACAGGUGCACAAACAAGGUUUACAUUUGAGCUGCCAAAUCACAGGUUGCGGUUCACCUCCAAGGUUUCAGCCACUGAUAUGUCUACUAUCCCUCCUUCCGCCAGUCUUAACCUCCCUCCUGUAACAAUGUCAGGGAAAUAUGUAAUGGAGGAACAUGAUACCUAUUCAGAUCACAUAUGGAGCAUAGAUGAACUACCCACUAAGCAAGGCUACUAUCUCCAGGGAAACUAUUUGCGUUGUGUUGCUGAGGUUGGAUCCUUUGAGCAUAAUCUUACAACAGAGCUUUUGAACCAUCUGGUCUUUGUACAGAAAGUGUUUAUGAAAGAGGUCAAUGAAGUAAUUCAGAAAGUCUCAGGAGGAGAGCAGCCAAUUCCUCUUUGGAAUGAACAUGAUGGAACAACUUAUGGUGAAAAGCCAAAGAUCCUCCUUUAUUCUUUGAGUCUGCAGUUUAAGGGUAUCCAGGUUACAGCCACAACGCCAUCCAUGAGGGCUGUAAGAUUUGAAACAGGGCUAAUAGAACUGGAGCUGUCAAACAGAAUACAAACCAAAGCCAUGCCUGGUAGUACCAGCUACCUGAAACUCUUUGGUAAAUGCCAAGUUGACUUAAAUCUGGCAUUAGGACAAAUUGUUAAACAUCAGGUUUAUGAAGAAGCUGGAUCAGACUUCCAUCAGGUUGCUUACUUUAAGACCAGAAUUGGAUUAAGGAAUGCCCUCAGAGAGGAAAUCAGUGGUUCAUCAGAUCGAGAAGCUGUGCUCAUCACUUUGAACAGACCAAUCGUUUUUGCUCAACCUGUGGCUUUUGAUAGAGCUGUGCUUUUCUGGCUGAACUACAAGGCUGCUUAUGACAACUGGAAUGAACAGAGAAUGGCCUUGAAUAAAGAUAUUCAUAUGGCCACAAAGGAGAUAGUUGAUAUGCUGCCCGGCAUCCAGCAAACAUCUGCUCAAGCUUUUGGAACACUCUUCCUCCAGCUAACAGUUAAUGACUUGGGGAUUUGCCUGCCCAUCACAAACACACCACAGAUUCAGAGGCAGGGGCACAAGAUUAAUUUUGGGGGACAGAAAGAAAAACAGAAUUACUGUAGUAAUCAUACAGCUGAUCUAGACACUGGCUCUGCAUUAGUCCUGACUAUUGAAAGCACUUUAAUUACUGCCUGCUCUUCCGAGUCUCUGGUCAGCAAAGGGCAUUUUAAAAACUUCUGUAUCCGUUUUGCUGAUGGCUUUGAAACGAGUUGGGAUGACUGGAAACCAGAAGCACGAGCAGAUCUAGUUAUGAAUGCUUGUGUGGUACCAGAUGGGACUUAUGAAGUAUGUUCAAGGACAACAGGACAAGCAGCUGCGGAAAGCAAUAGUGCGGGAACGUGGACCCUUAAUGUGCUAUGGAAGAUGUGCGGCAUUGAUGUGCACAUGGAUCCUAACAUUGGGAAAAGAUUAAAUGCUCUGGGAAAUACCCUGACGACACUGACAGGAGAAGAGGAUUUAGAUGAUAUUGCUGAUCUUAACUCGGUUAACAUAGCUGACCUAUCCGAUGAAGAUGAAGUUGAUACUAUGUCUCCCACUGUUAGUGUGAAAUCAGAUGGUGGUCCACAAUGUGGAGAUGUUCACAAGCUCACUUUUGGGCAACGGAUUGUCAAUCACCUGCUUGGCUUGAGCCCCAAAAGCCAUCGUUAUUCUGUUCCUGUAGAAUAUCUGACGGGAUCAGCGUCAAGUGAUACUACUAACUCUAACAGUUCUCAUUUAAAAGCGGGCAGGUCUUGCUCAUGGGGACAUGAGAAUGCCGAGUAUCGGAGACAGGGUCCAUCUAGUAACCAAAUUCAAGAGCAACGAGGAAGGAAGUAUGUGAAACGCUUAGUAGAUAUAAGGGAGCUGAAUGAACAAGCCAAAGUAAUUGACGAUCUAAAGAAAUUGGGUGCAAGUGAAGGAACAAUAAAUCAAGAAAUUCAGCGGUAUCAGCAGCUUGAGUCAGUAGCUGUCAAUGACAUUCGCCGAGAUGUUCGCAAAAAACUUCGACGAUCAAGUAUGAGGGCAGCGUCUCUGAAAGACAAGUGGGGACUAGGUUACAAGCCGAGCUAUAAUCGAUCCAAAAGCAUUUCAGCCUCAGGAAGACCACCUCUGAAAAGAAUGGACAGAGCAAGUACCCGGCUUGGAGAAAGUGAAGAUCUUCCAGAAAUACGCGUGGAUGGAGCAUCUCCUGGUCCCAGAGUGACUUUCAAUAUACAGGACACGUUGAAUAAAACAGUUUUGGGGAUUGCACAACAAUCCAGCAGCCCAGGGGAAGGGUAUUUUCAGUUUCCUGAAGAGACAGAAUUGGAUCUUAUGUCAGUAACCAUUGAUGGUCCAUCCCAUUACUCAUCCAAUAGUGAAGGAUCAUGCACAGUAUUCAAUUCACCCAAAACUCCAGCUGUCUUCUCACCAAGCGUUCCCUUCCAGCCUGAAGAAGGAAGACGAGAUGACAGCUUGUCUUCAACGAGUGAGGAUUCUGAAAAAGAGGAAGAUCAUGAAAGAGAGAGGCCUUAUUUUUACCGGAAAGCACAGACUCCAUCUCGUAAAAAAGCGACCGGCUUUGCUGCUGUCCACCAGCUGUUUACUGAACGGUGGCCAACAUCUCCAGCCAACAGAAGUGUGACUGGAACGACUACAGAGAGGAAUAUUGACUUUGAACUUGAUGUGAGAGUUGAAAUCGACUGUGGGAAAUGUGUACUGCAUCCGACAACACUUCAACAAGAACACGAUGACAUAAGUUUAAGACGGAGCUACGAUCGCAGUUCCAGAAGUUUAGAUCAAGAGUCUCCUUCCAAAAAAAAGAAAUUUCAAACUAAUUACGCCUCUACUACUCACUUACUGGCUGGAAAGAAAGUGCCAUCAUCUCUGCAGACAAAGUCCAGUGACUUGGAAACAACAGUAUUUUACAUUCCUGGUGUAGAUGUAAAGCUACAUUAUAAUUCGAAGAUGUUAAAGACUGAGUCACCAAAUACUUCCAGAGGGUCAUCUCUGCCAAGGACCCUUUCCAAAGAAUCCAAGUUGUACGGUAUGAAAGAUACUGUCAUGCCUCCUCUUCCUCCUCCUCACAGCAAGGCUAGAUCUUUACUUCCUCCCCAACCCCCACCUAUUCCAUCAGCCAAAGGAAAAGGAAGUGGUGGUGUAAAAAUGGCAAAAUUAUACGCCUGGGUUGCUCUGCAGUCUUUGCCAGAAGAAAUGGUGAUUAGCCCAUGUUUGCUGGACUUCCUAGAGAAAGCUCUUGAAACAAUUCCUAUCACUCCAAUAGAAAGGAAUUAUACAGUCAGUUCACAGGAUGAGGAUAUGGGACAGUUUGAUAUGCAGGACCCUUUAGAAGAAUCCACAGCCUCCUUAGUGUCUUCAUCAACAUCAGCAUACUCUUCCUUCCCUGUUGAUGUAGUGGUAUAUGUCAGAGUUCAGCCUUCACAAAUCAAGUUCAGCUGCUUACCUGUGUCACGUGUGGAGUGCAUGUUGAAACUUCCCUCCCUUGACCUUGUAUUUUCGUCCAAUCGAGGGGAACUAGAAACUUUAGGUACAACCUUGCCUACAGAAAAUGUUCCUCAAAGCGGGUCAAAGAUGCCUGUUAAAACUAUUUCACCAGGUUCCUCUCCAGGAUUAGGCAGCCCUUUUGGCAGAACGCGGCAUAGCAGCAGCCAGUCAGAUUUGACUGGUUCUAGCAGCAGCUCUUCGGGUCUAAGCUUCACAGCCUGCAUGUCUGAUUUCUCCCUUUAUGUAUUCCAUCCAUAUGGAGCAGGCAAGCAGAAGUCCAGUGUGACUGGCCUCUCUUCUGGAUCAGGAUCCUUAGGAAAUGUAGAUGAAGAACCUUCUUCCGUUACUGGUCGUAAAGAUUCAUUGAGCAUCAAUCUUGAAUUUGUAAAAGUCAGUCUGUCAAGAAUAAGACGUUCAGGGGGACCUACCUUUUUUGAAAGCCAGUCUUCAAGCAAAUCUGCAAACAAGAUGGACACUACAUUAAUAAACAUAUCCGCUGUUUGUGAUAUAGGAUCAGCAUCUUUUAAGUAUGACAUGAGGCGACUGAGUGAGAUUUUAGCAUUUCCAAGAGCUUGGUACAGGAGGAGCAUUGCAAGACGCCUGUUUCUAGGUGACCAAACAAUAAACUUGCCAGUAGCCUCUGGGCCUGGCACACCAGAUUCUGUUGAAGGGGUGAACCAGCACAUGUCUCCAGAAUCAUCACGAAAAGCAUACUGUAGAACAUGGGAGCAGCCAAGUCAGUCUGCUUCAUUUACCCACAUGGCCCAGUCACCAAAUGUUUUCAGUGAACACAGCUCAAGUAACAAUAUGUCCCCUGGAACAACUGCUCAUAACCUAAAAUCUCCAGCUGUUGCAAGAUCCAGGAGUGUGUCAGACUCUUCGGUUCCCCAAAGAGAUAUCCUUUCAAAAACAUCAACUCCAUUUAAUAAGUCAAACAAAACCGGAAGUCAACAAGUGACACCAUGGGAGACACUGGUAGUAUUUGCUAUGAACCUGAAACAAUUAAACGUCCAAAUGAAUAUGAGUAACGUAAUGGGAAAUACAACAUGGACUACUAGUGGUUUGAAAAGCCAGGGUCGUUUAUCUGUGGGCAGUAACAGGGAUCGGGAAAUUAGCAUGUCAGUUGGUCUAGGAAGAUCACAUCUGGAUUCUAGAGGAGGUGUGGUUGGAGGUACCAUAGAUGUUAAUGCCUUGGAGAUGGUUGCUCAUAUUUCAGAACACCCCAACCAGCAGCCAAGUCACAAAAUUCAGAUUACCAUGGGCUCUACUGAAGCACGUGUUGAUUACAUGGGGUCUAGUAUCCUAAUGGGUAUUUUCAGUAAUGCAGACCUUAAGCUACAGGAUGAAUGGAAGGUUAACCUCUACAACACUUUGGAUUCUAGCAUUACUGACAAAAGUGAGAUUUUUGUUCAUGGAGAUUUGAAGUGGGAUAUUUUUCAAGUCAUGAUUUCCAGAUCAACCACACCUGACCUCAUCAAAAUAGGAAUGAAGCUUCAAGAAUUCUUUACCCAGCAGUUUGAUACCAGCAAGAGAGCUUUGUCUACAUGGGGACCUGUUCCUUAUCUUCCCCCAAAGUCUGUAGUCAGUACCGUGGAAAAAAGUUCACAACAACAAUUAUUGGAUGCAGCACAUCAUCGACACUGGCCAGGGGUCCUAAAGGUUGUGUCAGGGUGCCACAUAUCUUUAUUUCAGUUUCCUUUACCGGAAGAUGGGAUGCAGUUUGGAGGCUCUAUGAGCUUACAUGGAAAUCACAUGACAUUAGCAUGUUUCCACGGACCUAAUUUUCGUUCAAAGUCAUGGGCUCUCUUUCAUCUUGAAGAACCUAACAUUGCCUUCUGGACUGAAGCACAAAAGAUUUGGCAAGAAGGUUCUAGUGAGCAUUCGACCUAUGUUGUGCAAACAUUAGACUUCCAUUUGGGUCACAAUACUAUGGUAACAAAACCCUGUGGGGCCCUAGAAAGUCCAAUGGCAACUAUUACCAAAAUAACAAGGAGGCGUCAUGAAAACCCACCACAUGGAGUUGCAAGUGUGAAAGAAUGGUUCAAUUAUGUUACAGCAACCAGGAAUGAAGAGUUAAACCUUCUCCGAAAUGUUGAUGCGAAUAAUGCAGAGAGUAGCACAACUGUGAAAAGUUCCAGCUUAUUGAGUGGAUUCAGAGGAAGCUCCAGUUACAAUCAUGAAACUGAAACUAUAUUUGCAUUACCAAGAAUGCAGCUGGAUUUCAAAUCAAUUCAUGUUCAGCAGCCACAGGAACCUUUAUUACAAGAUGCCAGUGAUAAACCAAAGGUGGAGUGCAGUGUAGUAACAGAAUUCACCGAUCACAUUUGUGUAACUAUGGAUGCUGAACUGAUAAUGUUCCUGCAUGACUUGGUAUCUGCUUACCUUAAAGAGAAGGAAAAAGCCAUUUUCCCACCUCGCAUUUUGUCUAGUCGGCCAGGACAGAAAAGCCCCAUCAGUGUACUUGAUGACAGUUCUGCUGACAAGGACUCAGAAGAAAGUAUUACAUAUACAACUGUAGACUGGAGAGAAUUUAUCUGCAAUACAUGGCAUCUGGAGCCUACGCUUAGAUUGAUCUCCUGGACUGGAAGAAAAAUUGAUCCAGUGGGUGUAGACUAUAUUCUACAGAAGUUAGGCUUCCAUCAUGCAAGAACUACUAUCCCAAAAUGGCUUCAACGUGGAGUCAUGGAUCCGCUGGACAAAGUCCUGUCUGUUCUCAUCAAAAAGCUUGGCACUGCACUACAGGAUGAAAAGGAAAAGAAAGGAAAGGACAAGGAAGAUCAUUAAAACUAUCCUAAAAUGAAGGGUUCUCCCCUUUUUCUGUUUUACAAUUUGUCCAGCUGUAUAACUUCAUGAAUUACACCAAAACAGCUGCUUGGUACUGUAAUAAAAUGAACAAUAUUGUGAAUACCUGUUUACUGUGGGACGUGGUGCCAUUUUGUAUUCAACCUAGCACUGCAUGACCAGUGUUUGUGAAGAAAACUGUAAAGCUGCUGUUUAGCAUUCACCAUUGUAUUAUGUGCAAUAUUCUGCAUCUCUAAGCUACAAAUUAACUGUGAAUUUUCAUAACUUUUACUUGCCAUAACACUGAAAACCCUUUGGGAUAAUGUGAUUCCAUUAAUGACUUUUUCUUGUUCAUGUAGAUUGUAUAAAUUCUAUUUGUAUAUAAUUUAUGGAAUGGUGAUCGCCAUUGUGAGAAAUUGUUUUAAGUUUGUUACCCUUGGAAUAAAAUUUAAUGUCAGA